UGAGAAGAUGUUUCAGAAAGGAAGUCAUAUAGAGUCCCUCUUCCUCUGUUUGUUGUUGGUGUCCUGUCCUCCCUGUCUCAGGUCAGAGUACAGUAGUUGUGGAGAGUUUGAGUUCUACAACCAGACCUUCAGUAGCUGCUGGCCCUGCCCCCCAUGCCAGCCUGGACAGGAGCCCCACAUGAACUGUGGCUAUGGGACUAAGGAUGAGGACUAUGUGUGUGUGUCUUGUCCGGCGGGGAAGUACUCAAAGGGGAAGUAUGAGAUCUGCAGGAGACAUAAGGACUGUGAAGGUCUGUACCGCGCUACAGUACUCACACCUGGGACACCAGACAGUGACGCAGACUGUGGACCCUGCUUACCUGGGUAUUACAUCCAGGAGAACCGGCCCAGGAACCUGUAUGGGAUGGUCUGUCACUCGUGUCAGAACGCACCGCGCAACACUAAAGAGUGCAUGCUUACCAAAGUCCCCAGUGUCUCAACCACCAGUACUACCAUGUUCCCUCACCCUCACAAAGACCCCACAGGACAGGGUCACCUAGCAACCGCUCUCAUCAUUGCCAUGUCAACCAUCUUCAUCAUGGCCAUCGCCAUCGUCCUCAUCAUCAUGUUCUACAUCCUCAAAGCCAAGCCCAGCGGACAGGCAUGCUGCUCAGGUCAGGUGGUGAAGGCUGUGGAGGCUCAGACCAACAAACAGGAGGACAAGAAAGAUGUUCCAGACAACGUUGUGAUUUUCUCUGAAAAGGAUGAAUUCGACAAACUCAAACCCACGCCUCCGAAGACGGUGAAAAGUGAGAAUGAUGCAUCGUCAGAGAACGAGCAGCUGUUGAGUCGUAGUAUGGACAGUGAUGAGGAGGCAGCCUUGGAGAGGCAGGGGGCGGCUGAUCCUAACCCCAGCCUCUGUCUUCUGAACCUGGGCAACAAGCCAGACCUCUGCCUGCUCUCUCUGGGGCUUCUCGACAGGGAUAAGACUGGAUCCAACCCCACCAGCCCUAUCAACGCUAACAACAUUAGCAAUGGCAAUGCUAACAUCAUCAAUAACAACAACUACAACAAGGCUACAGGGAUUCAGAGCCGGAGGAAGAAGAUCCUGGAUCUGUAUGCUAGAGCCUGCAGUGUGGCUGAGGGUCUGAGUCCUACAGAACUACCGUUUGACUGUCUGGAGAAGGCCAGUCGGAUGCUGAGCUCCUCCUACAGUAGCGAGGCAGCUGUGGUGAAGACCUGGAGACACCUGGCAGAAAGCUUUGGCCUGAAGAGGGAUGAGAUCGGAGGGAUGAGUGACGGCCUGCAGCUGUUUGAGAGGAUCAGUACCGCCGGCUAUAGCAUCCCAGACCUGCUCACCAGACUGGUGCAGAUAGAGAGACUGGAUGCUGUGGAGUCACUGUGUUCUGAUGUACUGGGAGGAGGAGAUACACACACUGUCCCUCUGUCCUCACCGCGCUGUGCAAGCGUCUGACUCACACACACACAUGAACACACGUUUAUGCACAGAUGCAGUACACCCAUGUGCACAUACCUGCCCGCCCAUACAUUCACAAACACCCGUACCCCUCCACAUGAAGAAUGCCAGUAGGCCUUCCUAGAUUUCAGAUCUCUCUCCUUCUCUUUCGUCUCUCUGUCUCCCUCUGACAAUUCACUUUGUGCUGGAUGCCUCAACAAAAGCUUUUUAUUAAAAAAAAUAUAUAGAUUUUAUAUAAAUUACAUUUUGUACAUAUUAGAAUAUGAGAUUUUGAAAAAGGCAUAAUGGACCUCUUCUCUGCCAGGAUCCCCGUGGCCCCAGAUCCCCCCU